AUGAAAAAGGACGAUAAUUCACAAACUCUGUCAAAAUGUAAAAUAAUUUUAGGCGGUUUCUUAAUACACUGUACUUUAGGAAGUAUUUACUGCUUCUCCAAUAUCAGCAUUUACGUGAUAUCAUAUAUGAAAAUAAUAGGGUGUUCUAAUGUUAAGUAUAAAGAUAGUAGCUGGAUAUAUGUACUGACUUUAAUUUUCCAAUGUUUUUUUGGUUUUUUUGGGGGAAUAUUAAAUCAGCACUUGGGCCCUCAGAUUAGUGUCUUAUUAGGUGGAUGGCUAAUGUGCCUAGGCAUUCUUUUAUCCUAUUUUACUGUAUUUAAUUUUUAUCUUUUUUUAAUGACUUAUGGGAUAUUGUGUGGCAUAGGAUGUGGAAUUGCAUAUCCAAUUCCGCUAUCUGUGGCUGUGAAGAAGCACUUUGACUCUAAGGGAGUGAUCAGCGGAAUUAUCUUCAUAGGGAGAGGAAUGGCCGUUUUUUUGAUAUGCCCUUUGCAGAAUUAUUUCAUAAACAAAUAUAAUUAUAUGCCUGAUUAUAGUCCCGAAUUGGAUAAUUCAGAUGAGAAAUAUUUCAGCAAUUUGGAAAUUCUGAACAGAGUACCAUAUUUAUUUAUUUAUGAGGGAAUAUUUUUUGCAUUUAUUCAGUUCAUAGGUGCAUGUUUAAUUUGUGACUCAGGAGAGACAUCAAAAGAAUUUUUAACAUUUAACGAUAAAAAUAGUAAGAUAUUAUAUUUUGAUGAUAAAGGAUUCACAAGUAAAAAUAAUAAAGGAAUUUCUAAUUCGUAUAGAACUCUGUCAAAUACAUCAAAUUUUUCCUUUAAAGAGUCAGGCAGUACAUUUAUUAAUCGUGAUUUUAUUUUAAUCUGGUUAAUGGUGUUUUUUAAUUGGCAAGCUAUUUCAUAUACACAAGUAUUUUGGAAAAUAUUUGGAAUAAAUUACUUAUACAUUGAUGAUAGAUCCUUGUCUUUCGUUGGAGCUGUAGCAUCACUUUUUAACAUUUUUGGAAGAAUUUUUUGGGGAUAUAUAAGUGAUUUAACAAGUUUUAAAACUGCUUUAAUAUUAAUGAGUAUGUUGAUGAGUUUUUUAACAGUUACUUUAACAUUGUCUGGUUUUUAUGGAAGAAUUACAUAUUCCAUUUGGAUAUGUCUCAUUUUCUUUUGUCAUGCUGGCACAUUUUCUAUUUUCCCAUCCAUAACUGCACAUACAUUUGGAACCAAAAAUUUUGGACCCAUAUUUGGUCUCCUUUUCACAGCUAGGGCAUUUUCUAGCAUUAUUAAUGCUAUGCUUUCCGCAGUUAUUUUAAAUAGUAUUGGAAAUAUCGCCAUGUGUGCACUAGUUUCUAUUUCAUCCUUUGUAAGUAUCAUGUUGGUAUUAGCCUUCUAA